AUGCAUUCUUCUAUCUUCGUUAGUAUUAAUUUCAGUAUCAUAUAUAGACAUCGAGUAAGAGAUCUCGUGAGCAUAUUACUCUUUACUAUUGUCGUGUCCAUAAUAAUCGCGUUGGAUGCUUACAACUUUCGGGAUUCUGAUUUUAUAUUACAUACUACUCUUCACACUCUCUUCAUCGAACAUCCUAAAAUUUCCUAUCAAUACUGUCUUCAGACUGAUGAAAAUGGGAAAUGGACAUUAUGGCAUAAAGUUAUGGCGGGAAUAAGAGCCAGUUUCGGAAAUCGAAUUCAACUGUCAGAAUUCUUUGGUAUUUGGAAGGGUGUCUAA